UGGCUCUUGUACCGUUGCUGGUGGCAUGCUUCUUCUGGUUGUUUAAACUUAUGUUUUUUUAAAAUAGAAGUUUCAACUCUUUUUUCGUUUCAGGUGAUGCUCUACAAAUGGUGGUGGCUUUGCUUCUGUUGGUGGUUUUGCUUCUUCAGUACUGGUUCUUCUACUGGUGUUGCUUAUGGUGGACUUGGUGGUGGAUCUCAUUGCCCUUCAUGGAAAUUAUUUUGUUUGGGCAGCAUGGAACUGGAGCAACUGGUGGAGAAACAACCAAUGAAGUGAGUGGUCAUCAGAAAAAACUGGUUAGCAAGGUUUUUUAA